AUAUAAGCCGGAGCCACGGCGAAAAGCUGCCGACAGCUUCCUAGGGGCGUUGCUUUUCCAACUGGCCGCUAAUCUGCGUGGAAUACCAAGCGAUGUGAUCGAUUCUGCCAUUUUCCUAACUGUAUUUCACAUGAUCUUGCCAUGCCAUUGCGUCCCGUUUCCCGGCAUCUGUCUUGUUUAUUUAUAUUAUUCUCUUCUUAUUCCCCACACGUUUCUGCCAUUUCCCUUUCCUCUUAUCCUUCUUACUCUCCUUAUGGUGACACAGACCUGCCAUCACAAUCAUUUUUACCUUUCUUCUCUCUUUUUCAGGAGCUCAUCCUGUCUCCUGACUUACUUCCUAUGCUUCUUAAUGGUUGGGUGGUAGGUAUCUGUGACGAGUGACGCCGUGCUAUACUCUCCUACCCUGUUACUCUUUGUCCUAUCUCUCUCACACAUUCUCUCUGGUCCGUCCUGUUUGAAUCUUUAUUU